UGUCAUUGGAGAUUGCUUCAAAAGUCAAAACAACAGCUGAAAAGGACAUCUAAAUAAAAGUAGCUUAGUAGAAUUUUAAAAUAAAUCAAAUGACUACAAAAAGAAGUGCAAUGACUUCCGUUCCUAGUACAGCUGCUAAGAAAGCAAGACAUUGGUCCUUAGGUCUACUAGACUCAAUGAAAGACCCUAAUUCUAUAGUUAAAAAAACGGAACGUGUUGUGGUAAUAAAGGAUAAAUAUCCAAAGGCGAAAAUUCAUUAUCUUGUACUACCACAUGAAGAUAUAAGCAGUAUUUAUAAACUAGAUAAGUCUCACAUAAGACUUUUAGAAGAAUUCGGUUCUGUGUAUAAGGAACUAAAUGAAUCUGCAGAAGUGGAACUUAAAGCCGGUUUUCAUGCAGUACCGAGUAUGCAGAGGUUACACAUGCACAUUAUAAGCAGAGACAUGAUAUCCCCAUGUUUGAAGACUAAAGCACACUGGAAUAGCUUUACAACCAAAUUUUUUAGACCAUAUGAAGAUGUAUUACAAGAGUUAAAAAAAGAUGGUUUGGUGAAGAAAAUGCCACCAGAAAUACACAAAAAUUUUAUGGCUGCACCAAUUAAAUGUAAUCAAUGUUCAUAUGAACCUAAAAACAUGCCCAAUCUUAAAGAACAUUUACUGAGUCAUACCAAGAAAUAAAAACUUAAAGUAAUAACUGUA